UAGAAAUAUCUUCUCAUUUGAGUCUCACAACAAUCCUGAGAGGAAGUACGAGAUAACCCAAAUUGGCAGAUUUGACUCCCUUGUUUUGACACUAUUUCAGGAGCAACACCCAUUUAUUUACAGGUAACUGUGUUUUCCAUUUCUUCAAGGAUGGAGAUUUCCUCUCAUCAGUCUCACUUGUUGCAACAACUUAACGAGCAACGUAGACAAGAUGUUUUUUGUGACUGCAAUAUUUUAGUUGAAGGGAAGGUCUUCAAAGCACAUAGAAAUGUGCUGUUUGCAAGCAGUGGCUACUUUAAAAUGCUACUUUCUCAGAGCUCAAAGGAGACAAGUCAGCCAACCACAGCUACAUUUCAGGCAUUCUCCCCUGACACUUUUACUGUUAUUUUGGACUUUGUAUAUUCAGGCAAACUUUCUCUCACUGGUCAAAACGUCAUAGAAGUAAUGUCAGCGGCUAGUUUCCUUCAGAUGACCGAUGUCAUUAGUGUCUGUAAGACCUUCAUUAAGUCCUCUCUUGAUAUAAGUGAGAAAGAAAAGGAUCGCUAUUUUAGUCUCUCCGAUAAAGACGCCAGUUCCAACGGUGUAGCAGAACGUUCUUUUAAUGCUGGCUGGUGUGGAGAGAGCAGCCCCCCACAAUCUCAUGUAAAUCCAGAUCAAGGGACAUGUACCGUGAGUGGGAAACCGUGGAGUAAUUACAACUACUAUCCGGCUUCCCAGCGGAACUCUCAGCAAGCCCUGAGCAAACACGAGCAAAGACCAGAGUCUGUGAAAAAGUCCAGGCAUUUGGGGCUACCACAGUCUGCAGAUGUUCCUCAUUACAAGUCAAGCAAACUUGAAGAGCGGACUUCUGAGCCACUUAAUAACACCGCUGCGUGUGAAGAAAAGGUCCAGAAUGAAGUUGGGAUUGACUCCCCUCGUGUGGGACAUAAAUACAGCAAAGGGUCCGAUGUUACCUCCAGAAGUCUUCCAGGUUCCCAACAAGAACAAGAAUCAUCUAGGGCUACAUCCAAGUCGCCCAAAACUGAUGAACCCUAUUCCAAUAUGCCUUUAAUUCUAGGGGUUAUGGGCAGCUGGAAUGAAGAUGAACUGCCUAGAAUGAGAUUCAAAUGCCCGUUCUGCACACAUGUGGUAAAACGGAAAGCAGACCUAAAGCGCCACCUUCGUUGCCAUACAGGAGAACGGCCCUACCCUUGUGAAGCCUGUGGGAAAAGAUUCAGCAGGCUAGACCAUUUAAGUAGCCAUUUUCGAACAAUUCAUCAGGCAUGCAAGCUAAUCUGCCGAAAAUGCAAGCGUCACGUUACUGAUCUAACUGGACAGGUGGUACAGGAAGGAACAAGGCGCUACAGACUGUGCAAUGAGUGCCUUGCCGAGGCUGGGAUAGACAACAUCCCUCUUGAUUUGGGAGCCGAACAACCCCUUGCAUCCCCUCCAGAUGGAGAUAAGAAAUCAAAAUGGCAACUGAAUGAAGGACAAAAAAAAUCUUAUGUGGAGAUUGUGGAGGAUGGGUCUGCUGAUUUGGUCAUACAGCAGGUGGAUGAUAGUGAAGAUGAGGAAGAAGAAAAGGAAAUUAAGCCCAACAUUAGGAAACUGAUUUAAUUUGGAGUGAAGAUUACAGUAGUAGACAUUUUGUUCCAAUCACCAACUUCUGAACUCUGUCACAACUGUCAAUGGAAGAAUGUUAACCGAUGAGCUUGGAUCCUUGCAGAAACAAUGUGGAACAUAAAUUCUCCAUUUAAAUGCAGUUCUGCCUGGAGGCAACAAAAUGAACUAAAUAACUUCUUGAAUUCUCUUUGAGUUCUGUCAUCUUGAGAUCGCCUACCCUACAUUUAAUUUUUUAUGUAAACAAAUGAAGAUACUAAAAAAGAGGAUGACUUUUGGAAUAACAAGUAAAAUUCUUAAUAUGUUCAAAUUUUCUUAUAAAUAUAGCUGUUAGCUCUGAAGUUUUUCAUUGAACCUUAAAACUUAGCAACAUUAGUUUUGAACAAUUAAAUUAAGUCACAUAACCUGUUGUAUAACCUAUGGUAAAGCACAGCUUAAACUUCAGUUUAAAUUUGUCACUGCCACUUACUACCUACAUGACAUUAGGCAAGUCAUUUCACCUCUCUAAUCUUCAGUUUCUUCAUGUGGCAAAUGAAAAAAUUGGACUACAUGACUUCUAAGGCGCAUUCUAGCUCUGAAUCUAUGAUCCUGUGAUCAAAUAUGGAGAUGGCUUUAAUAUAAACCGAUUAGAAAUUUUUGAUUCAGUUCCACAAAUAUUUAUUAUCUAUUUCAUACAAGGUACCAAUAAUUACUGCUCUCAAAGAGGUUACAUUCUGUUGACAACUUAUGAGUUAUCAGGUGGUUGUUAGUUCAGUAUUAAAUUCAUCAAAAGUUGUUUUUAUAAGCCAUGUGGCCUAAUAAAUAUCUUUUCCCCUUAUAUUUUCAGCUUUUGCAUUUUUAAUUUUCAAAACUUACUAUAAAACAUUAAGAAAUGGAAUAUUUAAGAAUUUAAUUAGUAUAUUGUGUAACAUCAUUUCCAGAGCUUUCCUAACAUUCGACUAUACCUGAAACUUUAAAUUAUAAGUAAAAAAUUAUAUAUUACAUUUUACUACGAUUUACUAGUAUUCAUAUUUAGCCUUUCUACUGCAUUUUAUAUUUGCAAAGUGCUGUAAUAAUCAUUUUCCUUCAUCUACCUAUAAAAUAGGGCAGUUAUUUCACUUUAAAGAUAAGAACUCAAAGGCACAAGACAUUUAAGUAACAAUGACAGAAAUGGAAAGUAAACCCAUCAGAUUCUUGGAAUUCUAGAGUAAUAUGUACGAUUUAGAUCAUAAAUUGUAAUGUUUAUCACUCUAGUUUUAUAAGGUAACUUUUUACAAAUGACAUUAAUUUGUUUUAAAGCAUUGUAUGGAUAUAUCAUAUAUGAAAUAAAUAUUGUUCAUAUAAAGCAGACUACUUUUAACUACAUGAGUAAUGACAUGAAAUUCAGGUUAUCACAAAAAUGGCAUUAAAAGUACAUUAAGACGUUUUUGUAAAUUGUGAAAUGUAAUUCCUGUUAUGUUCAACUUUUUGUUUUGAUGUUCAAUCCAUCUUAAUUGAAUUUUUGUGCUAAUGAGAAGAACAGGGUGGGAAAAGAAAUUACUAAGGCUUCUCAAACCUCAUUUUAGACAUGUCAGCAUGCCCCUCCCCCCAUCCCACAAACUUUUAAAUCAGAUUUUUUAGCAAGUAAUCAAAUAGUACACUUAUUUAAGUAAUCAGAUAGUAUAAUGAUAUUAUUUCUUGGCAAGUAAUCAAAUAGUUGUCUUUUCUUUAUCCUUUCACUUUCCCAUCCUUUUAAGAAAAAUGCUAAGUAAAUUAACUUUUAAACUAUUUUUUUUUAUUAUAUUUCAUUUGUUUUUGUUCUUCAUAUUUUUGUUCAGUUGUAGAAAAUUUGUGAAAUAGCAUCAUUUGUUCCUGGGAUGGUCGUUUUUCAUAAUAUCAAGAGGAAGGUACCCAGAAUCUUGAGUGGACCACUAUGGUGAACUUAGGGAAAGAUAUGGACAAGAGCCUCAAGGGGUGGCUUCAGAAGAGUAAGGUUAUGAACUCCAUAGUUGGAGAGAAUUCUCAUAUUGAUGACAUUACAGAUUUAUUUAGAUAUCACCCCAAAAACUUUAGCCAUAAACCUAAAUGAAUAGGAUUAUGCAAGUCAUUCUUCUGGGAAACAACUGAGAAUAUACUCUUUGGUUUCUACUUACUUGUCUCAAAGUUUGAGGAAGCCAAUUGCAUUUAUAUUUAUUCCCUAAGAAUGAUUACCUUUUAAUAUGAGAAAAAAGAAUUUGAGGUUUAUUUAUUCUCAAAAGAGAGUUUUAUGACAUAGCUAGAUUGAUCUGUUUUUUGAUGGUUAAGAAGUUGGCUGCAGGAAGCAACAAUUAGCUCCUUGAGGUCCAAUACUAUUUUCAAAAUACCACUUAUAACUACAAACUACUAUUUCUUAUAUAGAGAUGUUAUAAAUUUAUGCCCAAAAUAAAAGUUCUUCAUUUUCUGCACUGGAAAAAUAGUUUUACUUCUU